UGGAUUUACACGCGGAAACGGAACCUUGUGUAGUUCCAUAGUUCAUUUGUAUAACCAAUGAGUUCGUGAAGUUCAUUCAGAAUAGACGUGUAAUUCGGAAUUAAAUUGAUCGCUCGGCAGUUUUCGGCUUAUUUCGUAGCGAUGUCUGAGAGAGCAGAUAACGACAUGAAAGCGCGAGUGGUUCUCCAGCAAUGUUUGCAUGCACGACUGCAGGUCAAACCUCCAGAUGCUGACAGUGAAGCUGAAUGGGUUGAGAUUAAUAGAGGAAUGGUUAUCUACAUCUGCUUUUUCAAAGGUGCAACGGAAGAUAUAAUUCCCAAAAUGGUGAACACACUGCUGAACAUGAAGCUUUGUGAGACAGAAUCUGGAAAGUACACCUCAGUCCUUCAGCUACCUGGAAGUGUUCUCAUAGUACCUCAAGCUACGCUUGGAGGAAAACCUAAAGGGAAAGGGAUGCAGUACCAUGGCAACAUUGGGAAAGACGAAGGCUUGAAGCUCUACGACAGCUUUGUGUCUCAUUGUCAGAAAGAACUCUCAGCCUGCAAAAACAGCGACACUGUUACAGAGGUCAAACAUGGAACGUAUGGAAACAGACAAGUCCUGAAGCUGGAUACAAAUGGACCUUAUACUCAUCUAAUGGAGUUUUAAGAAUUAUGACAUUUUCAUGUGUUUGUAAAUCAGUAAUAUAUGGGUGUAUGAAGGACAUUGGCCUAUAUGGAUUAUUCAGAAGUUUAAAAAAGUCUGAUAAUACACAUUUAUAGCUCCACUCCUUAUUAAAAUAUAUGUAAUGCAUA